AUGUUGGCUAGCAAGAAGUGGAGAUGCACUGUUAUUUGUGGUUUGCAUAACCAUGAAUUGUGCGCAAAAUCACAAGGUCAUCCUAGUAUUUGUCGGCUCAAUCCAGAAGAGAAGACAUCUAUUAGAGACAUAUCCUUGAAUCUUGUCCAACCAAAAAAUAUACUUGCCACAUUGAAAAGGAAGGAACCCGACAGCGUAUCGAAUAUAAGGCAAAUGUAUAAUCAACGGUACCACAAUAAUAAGGCGAGUUGGGGAGAUAGGAGUGAGAUGCAACAAUUGUUGAAAAUGUUGGAUGCUAACAAAUACGCAUCGCGCUAUAGAACUUGCGUUGACAAGGUUAUGUACCGAGAUAUAUUUUGGACUCAUCCAGAUUCGAUAAAGUUGUUCAACACUUUCCCGACAAUGCUCAUCCUCGAUUCUACCUACAAGACCAACAAGUAUCGACUCCCAUUAUUUGAGAUGGUCGGUGUUACAUCCACUUAG